GCCUAAAACAUCGUUUUAUUUCGGGAUAGUUAUGGUAUAUAGUAAUCAUCUAUGUUCUUUAUGAAAAAUAAAAGAAUAAAAACCAUUUCUCUUGCUUUUUUUGGCUUUUUUUUUUUGACUUGAAUUCCUCCCCGCCACUCAUACACAUAAGAUUAUAGAUCAUGUCAUUCAGACCACCAACAAAACAACAAGCUACAGCACCCAAAAAACAAGUGAGACGAUACAGAGCAGGUCAAGUACCUGAGAAUUACCAUAGUGAUAUUGACGAAGAUAUUUCAGAAGAAGAAGAAGAAGUAUUGAUUAAACAGGAGCAACAGCAACAACAGCAACCAUCACAACAGAAAAAAAAAUUGGAAUUUGCUCAAAAAGACGUGCAAACAGGUAUUCAACAAACGGUCAUUUCAGAUAGAGAAGCAAGCCAUGAUCGACGUUUAAGAAGAUUACAACAGGUACAGCAACAACAACGGCAAGAAGGUAGUGGAUUUCGUUCACAAGGAAGAAGACGAGACGUCUCAUCGUCAGAAGAGGAGGAGGAGUCAAGUGAUGAUGAAGCAACAAAAGCAAGAGAACGAUUAAGAUUGAAGCAAAAAGCACUACAAUAUCAGGCGAGCGGUAAUGCUAUAAAGCAGGAAGAUCUCGAUCGAGGUAUUCAGCAACCAGCUAUCAAGCAAGAAUCAAGUGAAGAAGAAGACGAAGAAGAGGAGGAAGAGGAGGAAAGUUCUUCCGAGUAUGAAUCAUCGAGUGAGGAGGAAGAGGAUACAUUACUUCGACUACCAAAACCAGUGUUUAUACCAAAGUCGAAACGUGCCACAAUACUCGAACAAGAAAAGCUGGCCAAGGAAGCAGAGGAGAGAGAAAAGAGACUAGAAGAAGAAAUUGAAGAACGAAAGAAACAAUCGCAUGCCUUACUAGCUGAUGAACUGAAAAGAGAGAAAGAAAAAGCUGCUGAAAAGAAUACGAAUCAAUAUGAGGCUGAAGUGGAUGACACAGAUGGUCUAGAUGAAGAGGCAGAAUACAAUGCUUGGAAAAUCAGAGAGCUCAACCGUAUUAAACGAGACCGCGAAGAACGUAUUAAACGAGAAAAAGAGGAAGAAGAGCUUGAACGUAGAAGAGCACUACCCGAAGAAGUGCGUCUCAAAGAAGAUCUGGAACGUGCUAAACAGACCAAAGAAAGUAAAGAUCCUGGUCAAUUCACGUUUAUGCAAAAAUACUACCAUAAAGGUGCCUUUUUCCAAGAUACCGACGAUGAAGUCUUUAAACGUGAUUAUACAGCGCCUACGAUUGAUGAAGUGCGUCAUAAAGAAUUAUUACCGAAAGUGAUGCAAGUGAAGAAUUUUGGUUUGGCGGGACGAACCAAAUAUACUCAUUUGAAGGAUCAAGAUACCUCUUCCAGAGACUCACCUUGGGAAAAACCGUUAGCCAAACGUAGAAGAAAGGAUUAUAAUGAUAAAGCUUAAUGUAUAUAGUAUAAUUUAGUCUGCAUAUAUUUCAGUUACUGUACAAAUAUGUGGCAUAGAUAACAAAAGCUGCACCCACAAUAAAAAGAGAGGUGAUCUGGAAUUCAAACAGUCCAUAACUGAUC